UUUACAUUUGUCUUUUUUCUCAAAAGCUGAAUCAUCCUCAAACGAUGAACAUACCACAAGAAAUCUCCAUUAUCUUCUUCUUCUUCUUCAUCUUCUUAGACUACGUAUCUGCUCAAUCUCCUCCUGACCAGUACGCAACAAGCGACCUCUUCAAGCCGAGCUUAGCCAUCAUCACCGGAGUUUUCUCCAUUGUCUUCACUCUCACCUUUGUUCUCCUCGUCUACGCCAAAUGCUUCAACAACGAUCUCCAAUUAGAGACCGAGAGUGAAGGAGAGAGAAGACGACACGAACGUCUCUGGCAAGGGCUUUUCAAUCGAUCCUCUCGAUUCUCUGGUCUCGACAAGACAGCAAUCGAAUCUCUUCCCUUUUUCAGAUUCUCUGCUUUGAAAGGGUUGAAACAAGGGCUUGAAUGUUCUGUUUGUUUGUCGAAAUUCGAAGACGUUGAGAUUCUUAGGCUUUUGCCUAAAUGCAAACACGCUUUCCACAUUGGGUGUAUUGAUGAGUGGCUUGAGCAGCACGCCACGUGCCCUUUGUGUAGAAACAGAGUCAAUAUUGAAGACGAUCUCUCUAUCUUGGGUUGUACUAGUAGCCAUAGUCUUCGGAUGGUGAACCAAUCCCAGACAAGAGAAGAAGACUCGGGCUUGGAGAUAUACAUCGAACGAGAAGAAGGAAUUAGUUACGGGUCUUCAAGAUUCAGCAGUUUCCGGAUGAUUCUAAAGAAAUCGUUCUUUCUUGAGAGACAAGGAAACGAGGACAUCGAGGAGAAGAAAGCUAUGCACAAGUUCAAUCACAGGAUAGUUGUUUCAGAUAUCGUGUUUAAGAACCGUUGGAGUAAUGUCACUUCGUCGGAUUUAACGUAUUUGAUAUCGGAGAUGCUGAAUUCGUUGUCAAGCGACAGAUUCUCGUCGAUAGAUCGAGUGCAGAGAGGUAACUUGCGGGAAAAGGAAGAUAUGGAAAUGAAGAGAAUGUUGAAGAACAAAGACUCGUCGAGAAGAACGGUGUCUGAGAUCACGACUGUUCGUAGAGAAAACGCGGUUGAAGGAUGCUACAGCGGUUCAACCGCUGCUACCGCCUCCACAUCGCGGAAUUCUGGGAAUGCUGCGACGACAGAGGAAAGAAGACGGCGAUUAUGGUUGCCGAUCGCUAGAAGAACGGCACAGUGGUUUGUUAACAGAGAGAAAGGGAAUGAACUAAACACGACGACACGCCAAAAUCUUAAUGUAUAGUUUUCAUCUUUUGCCUACCUUGACAAUUUGCAAAUUUUUUCAUAGUAGUUAAUUUUUAAGAGUGGUUUUGG